AAACUUUUUCUGUAAUUAUCUCCCAUGACAAAACCCCUCACCUGGUUCCAAACCCUUGUUCUCUCUCUAACCACGGACAUCACCGGCGACACACCACCGGAGCUCUGUUUGCGUCGGAAAAUAUAUCGAUUUAUCCAAUAGUCCUUCCGUAGUCGAUCGAAGUACCGAAAGUUAGAUGGAAACAAUGGAUGGACCUGUCACGGAAGUUCGAAGCGAAGGAGAACGCGCUGUUAUGGAGGAAUUAGGGCAAAAUGUUGAUGAGAUUAUCGUCAAGGUUGAUGAGCUUGAGCAAAGGUUGAACGAAGUUGAUCAGUUCUAUUCAAAGACAGGUAAAAAGCAGUCAAACACUUCUAAAGCUAGUUCGGUAAUGAAAGACAAAGAUAAGGAUAAACAAAUAACUAGCUUUAAAAGGCGGCAGCAGGAUGCAUCACGCAGAGAAGCGGCUGCUGCAAAGAGAAUGCAAGAUCUUAUGCGUCAAUUUGCUGGAUUAUUACGUCAGCAUAUCAUGGGGCACAAAUGGGCAGGACCAUUUAUGCAACCCGUGGACGUUGUAGGGCUUGGUUUGCAUGAUUACUAUGAGGUUAUUGAAAAACCAAUGGACUUCAGUACAAUUAAGAGCAAAAUGGAGGCAAAAGAUGGCACUGGGUAUAAAAAUGUCCGAGAAAUAUGUGCAGAUGUCAGAUUAAUUUUUAAGAAUGCAAUGAAGUAUAAUGACGAGAGAGAUGAUGUUCAUGUGAUGGCCAAGACUUUACUGGUAAAAUUUGAGGAGAAGUGGCUGCAGCUUUUGCCAAAAGUUGACGAAGAGGAUGAAAGACGGAAAAAGGAGGAAGCAGAGGCACAACUAGAUAUGCAGCUUGCUCAGGAGGUUACUCAUGCGAAAAUGGCCAGAGACUUGAGUUCUGAACUUGACGAGGUUGAACUGCAUCUUGAAAAACUCAGAGAAGUGGCCCUUCGAAAUUGCAGGAAGAUGUCGACGGAAGAGAAGAAGGCGCUGAUGACAGUUUUGACCCAAUUAUCUCCAGAAGAUCUGAACAAGGCGUUGCUAAUCGUCGCCCAGAAUAACCCAAACUUUCAAGCAACGGGUCAAGAGGUUGACCUUGACAUCGAUGCACAGAGCGAGUCGACAUUAUGGAAGUUAAAGUUCUUUGUGAAGGAGGUGGUUCAGGGGCAAGGAAAGAGUCCAACAAGCAUCACCAUGAACAACAACAACAACAUGAAUCAAAAUAAACGCAAAAGAGAAGAAGCAAAGGGUACCCAGAAAAGGAACAAAAAGCCUUGGUAAGAAAAAGUAAGAAAAGGCUUUUUGUUUGUUGGUUAAAACUUAAAAACAUCUGUGAUUAUGUGAAUAAUAAUACACCCCGCCUUAUUAACGCCAUCAUUUUUAACCGACUUUUCGUUUUUUCUUUUAAAUUCAAACUUGCCAUUGAUGCUA